AUGAUCACAGACGUGCAACUGGCUGUUUUCUGCAAUCUCCUCGGCGCAACAUUAUUUUGUUUGGUGUUUCUCUUCCACUACAUCAAUGCGAAUUACUCAAAAUGAAGAAAAACGCAUUACAUAUUUUUAAUGUAAGCCUAACCCACGUCAUCAGAUGUUUUCACACGUACAAAUGGAGUUGCGUAUCUAUAUGCUAUAUUUGAAGUCGAACGAACGAUGUGAAUCACAUAAAUGGAUCUUCAUUUUAUAAAUACAUUACGCAUUAAAUAAAAGCAA